GCCUGGGGGCGGGGCCAGGACUCGGCGGCCGAGCCCGAGGCAGCUACGGGAGCGGGCGGGGAGCUUCGCCCCGCGGUGGGGCCGAGCAGGAUCUGGCACCAUGGAGUCGUUCAAGGUGGUGUUGGAGGGACCAGCCCCGUGGGGCUUCCGUCUGCAGGGGGGCAAGGACUUCAAUGUCCCCCUGUCCAUCUCCCGGCUCACCCCUGGCGGCAAGGCUGCACAAGCAGGCAUGGCAGUGGGGGAUUGGGUGCUGAGCAUUGAUGGAGACAAUGCAGGGGGGCUCACACAUAUCGAAGCCCAGAACAAGAUCCGAGCCUGCGGGGAACGCCUCAGUCUUGGGCUCAGCCGGGCCCAGCUGGCUCAGAGCAAGCAGCAGAAGGCCCCCACCGCGGAACCCCCGCGGUACACCUUUUCACCCAGCGCCUCCCUCAACAAGACGGCCCGGCCCUUCGGGGCACCCCCGCCUGCUGACAGCACCCCGCAGCAGAAUGGACAGCUGCCCCGGCCACUGGCCCCAAAUCCCAGCAAGCAGCGGCUGAUGGAAGACACGGAGGACUGGCGGCCACGGCCAGGCACUGGCCAGUCACGCUCCUUCCGCAUCUUGGCCCACCUCACAGGCACCGAGUUCAUGCAAGACCCGGAUGAGGAGCAGCUGAAGAUGUCAAGCCAGGUGCCCCGGACGGAAGCCCCUGCCCCAGACACAAUGACACCCCAGGAACCGUGGCCUGCAGGCCCACCCACCCCUAGUCCCACUAGCCGGCCACCCUGGGCCGUGGACCCAGCCUUUGCUGAGCGCUAUGCCCCGGACAAGACCAGCACAGUGCUGACUCGGCACAGCCAGCCUGCUACGCCCACACCUCUGCAGAACCGGACCUCCAUUGUGCAGGCAGCCGCAGGGGGCCAGGGCAGCACACCUGUGUGCCACCAAUGCCACAAGGUUAUCCGGGGCCGCUAUCUGGUAGCACUGGGCCACGCAUACCACCCAGAGGAAUUUGUGUGCAGCCAGUGUGAGAAGGUGCUAGAAGAGGGUGGUUUCUUUGAGGAGAAGGGAGUCCUCUUCUGCCCAGCAUGCUACGACGUUCGCUACGCCCCCAACUGUGCCAAGUGCAAGAAGAAGAUUGCAGGCGAGAUCAUGCAUGCCUUGAAGAUGACGUGGCACGUUCACUGCUUUACCUGUGCAGCCUGCAAGACCCCAAUUCGCAACCGAGCUUUCUACAUGGAGGAAGGGGCGCCCUACUGUGAACGAGACUACGAGAAGAUGUUCGGCACCAAAUGCCGAGGCUGUGACUUCAAGAUCGACGCCGGGGAUCGCUUCCUGGAGGCACUAGGCUUCAGCUGGCAUGACACCUGCUUCGUGUGCGCUAUCUGUCAGAUCAACCUGGAAGGAAAAACAUUCUACUCCAAGAAAGACAAGCCCCUUUGCAAGAGCCACGCCUUCUCCCACGUUUGAGCCCGCCUGCCUGCAUCACCAAGCCAACCGACGCCAGUCCCGCCCACUCACCUCAUGCCUGCCCAGUGUCGGCCACGCCCACUCGCUCCUGCCACACCCACCAAUGUGGUGCCCUUCAGAGCGUUGGCAGGAUGGGGUUGGUAUAUCACCCUAGCCCUGACUCCGGGCCCGAACCUGGGGUUCCCUGGACCCUGUCUCACCUCCUCAUCUCCCCUCACUCGCCCCACCACCACACGCACACCGGUACAUGCCACACCGGGCCCUCUUCACCUCGAGUACCACAAUAAAGGUAUUAGCUAUGUGU